AUGUCAAUGACACAGAUCAUUUGGUUCAGUCUUCUGCUUUGCGUCACUUUGGCUUAUAAUAAAACUUUCUCUCCACUUAAUCCCCCCGUAUAUCGUUAUCCUGGCUAUAACCCAGGUGCCAGUCUGAACCUUUACCAUACAUCUGAUAUCGUCGACAACAAUUUGGAGACAUUGCCUGACCAUAAUGACGAUACAUAUAAGAGCGACCAGGAACAAAUGACGGUAACGACAAGAGAUGACCAAUCCCAGGAAGUCACAGACGGCUUCGCUUAUAAUAUCGAACGGGAAAAUACUGAUCGAGAAUUGUUGGGAAUAACCAUUGACAAAGACCUCUUCCCUGAACUCAUCUGCAAUUUAUCACCAUUUAAUUCAGAUACCAGCACACACAAUACUGGUAGAGAAUCACCUGGAAUAAAUGAAGAAAAUAUCAUAAAAACAGUAAUUAUUAGUAAAACUGGCUACUUUAUCGUUUUUCAGAAGAGCGAAUUUAUGAGUGUCAUUAUGUCAGAUGUGCUUUUCACACGAACAGUUACAAAGAAUGUAGAGAACACAAGAAAACGCACGGCAAACCAUUUAUUUACGAAUGUAAAGAACCCAAUUGUAGAAAACAGUACACUCAUAGCACAUCAUUUUACUCUCACAAGGAAAAACAUCAACCUAAACCUCUAUGCGAAAAUUGCAACAGAUUCUUCAGCGACAAGUACGGCUUGAAGAGACACAAGAAGAAAUGCCUCGGAACUUCUUGUUAGUUUCGCAAAUUUAGCAAAAUUUCAAGUCCGUUUUUCUAUCUGCAAUACAAUGAGUGUUGCGAUAUGUAAAUACACGACAAAUUGGCGGUCAUCGAUAUUUUUGAUUAUGUGAUUCGUUUGACGCUAAUCUGAUGAAUGUAUGUAUUUAAUGAAUGAUUUUGCGAAGAAAAUUUCACACCUUUUAUCAGUAAAUAAAAUGCAAUUCAUAUUACCAUCGAUAUUUCAAAACAGGUCACAAUUUUAUUGUUUCUCAACUCCCUGCUAAUCCUUUUGCCAAUUUCUUGGAGUAUAAUCAAAUAUUGAAUUCUGCUCAUCAAUCUUCCCAGAUUUGCAAGUGUAAAAACUGUGCUGGAAUU